AUGACGAAAAUUGUAGAAGCAAAAUCAUUUCUAGAUUAUCAGAUCUCAUUGUUUCAUGAGAACUUACGUCAAUUGCUUAAAGAUUUCACAAGGGAGAACCUAGACCGGAUAAUUAAAUCUAUACAAUGGAUUGAAAACAUUCAAGGUCAUGAUACUGAGGUGAACAAUUACUACGCCUGUUCGAAAAAAAUUUGUUUGCAAAUGGACGAGUCUCAAACAUUGACUGUGCAAAAUCCCAACCCACGGUAUGAUUAUUAUUCAGUUGUGAUGGCUGUCGAUAAGAAUCCAGUUUCACUUGAAAAUAUUUUGUGGAAGUAUAGUGAGAGGCUAAUAAAUAUUCAUGGAAAGCAAAUGGAAGACAACGACAAGCUAAUGCACCGAAACUGA